GGGACGGGGGCGAUGCGCGGGGCCGCCGCGCUGUCCCCUCCGCCCCGCGCAGUCCGGCUCCCUGCAGCCGCGCGGAGCCGAAGCCGGCGCCGGCAUGGGAACCUUGGGAAAGAAGAGAGAAACUCAGCAGCCUGCCCAAGGAUGCAGCACUGCCCCUGAAUGGUCACUUGAGCUGAAGCAGAUCAGUCAUUGUCACAGCCAUUCAAAUCUUACCCAAGUCACUAUGGUGCCUUUGGGGCACUUAGCCAAGGGGGCGACUUUGGAAGAUCUUCUUGAAACCUGCAUUCAGUCGUUUGAUUUAGAAGGAAAUUCCUAUCAGAACAACCAGCUGCUAAAGAUGAUUCUGACCAUGCAUCAGUUUAUCAUCUCCUCUGCAGAUAUGCUUCAGAAACUCAGUGAUCUAUAUCUUAGUGCUUUAGAAAAGAAAUCUUCUGCGCUGUGUGUAAAGAUAUGCUAUUUUGUGAGGUAUUGGAUUACAGAGUUUUGGGUUAUGUUCAAAAUGGACUCUAAACUAUCAGCAACCAUGGAGGCAUUUCAAGAACUGGUUAAAGCUAAUGGUGAGGAGUUACACUGUCGUCUAAUUGACACAACUCAAAUAAAUUCCAGGGACUGGUCUAGAAAGCUGACACAGCGUGUCAAGGCUAACAGCAGUAAGAAACGGAAAGUUUCACUCCUUUUUGAUCACCUCGAGCCAGAAGAGCUGUCAGAUCAUCUUACCUAUCUUGAAUUUAAGUCUUUCAGAAGAAUAUCAUUCUCAGAUUAUCAGAGCUACAUUGUGAAUAGCUGUGUGAAAGAGAAUCCAACAAUGGAAAGAUCAAUUGCUCUUUGCAAUGGUAUCUCUCAGUGGGUACAGUUAAUGGUUCUCAGUAGACCAACACCACAGCUUCGAGCUGAAGUAUUUAUCAAGUUCAUUCAUGUUGCACAGAAGCUUCACCAGUUGCAGAAUUUCAAUACAUUAAUGGCAGUGAUAGGAGGUCUCUGUCACAGUUCCAUUUCCAGACUCAAGGAAACAAGCUCAUGUGUUCCUCAUGAUGUAAUUAAGGUGUUUAAUGAAAUGACAGAACUGCUUUCAUCUUACAGAAACUAUGAUUGUUAUCGACGUGCUUAUAAUGAGUGCACUAACUUUAAGAUCCCAAUCCUUGGGGUUCACCUGAAAGACUUGAUAUCACUUCAUGAGGCCAUGCCAGACUACUUAGAGGACAAAAAAAUUAACAUAUGCAAACUGUACUCUCUCUAUAACCACAUAAAUGAGCUCAUACAACUCCAGGAAAUGCCACUUCCCCUGGAGGCUAAUAUGGACCUUGUUCAUUUGCUUACGCUGUCCCUUGAUCUGUACUACACAGAAGAUGAAAUUUAUGAGCUUUCAUAUGCACGAGAGCCAAGAAGUCACCGAGCCGCUCCUUUGACACCUUCCAGACCACCAGUAGUUGCAGACUGGGCCUCAGGAGUAGCCCCAAAACCUGAUCCAAAAACCGUCAGCAAACACGUUCAGAGGAUGGUGGAUUCUGUCUUCAAAAAUUAUGACCAUGAUCAGGAUGGUUACAUUUCUCAAGAGGAAUUUGAAAAGAUAGCAGCCAGUUUUCCGUUCUCAUUUUGUGUAAUGGCUAAGGACUCGGAAGGUCUGAUUAGCAGGGAUGAAAUAACCGCUUACUUUAUGAGGGCUAGCUCGAUCUAUUCCAAAUUAGGACUUGGCUUUUCUCACAACUUUCAAGAGACCACUUAUUUAAGACCUACUUUCUGCGACAACUGUGCUGGAUUUCUAUGGGGAGUAAUUAAACAAGGAUACAGAUGCAAGGACUGUGGAAUGAAUUGUCACAAGCAAUGCAAAGACCUGAUUGUGAUAGAGUGCAAGAGAAGACACAAAACUUCUGUUGCAGACAGCAGCCCAACAUCUGCUCUUGCUUCAAGCCUCUGCACAGUAGCAGUUAAAGAGCAAUACCAUGGACAAGAAGAUGGACCAUUCACAUUUCCAAAUGGAGUAGCAGAACACAAUGAAGACAGCAAGGAUCGAACUAUUAUGCUCAUGGAUUCCUCAGCUCAGAAAAUCUCAGUGAGACUGAAACCAGCUGUGGUUCAUAAAGGUAUACAGACAGAUUCUGUACUGCUGGCUGGUGAUGCACCUCAUAGGUCAAUGGAGAAGAAAGAGAAAAGGAUACUAGAAAAUCCUUAUCUCCAGCCCAUCCCACCAUCCCCACGUCCAAGCCCAUUACUAAGCCGUAAAAAAGCAUAUGUUAAAUGGGAAAACAAGGACUCCAGCCAGAAAAUGAAGGAGGAGCAUAGCGAGCAUCACAGCUAUAAACCCUCAUACCAGGAACUUGAGCAGGAAAGAAAUAUUCUAAAGGCAGACAAUGAAGGUUUAAAGAUGCAACUGGAACAAGCACAUAAAACAAUUGAAUCUCUUACAAUUCAGAGAAGAAAUCAUGUAAUUGACAAUCUGCAACACAAAGACUGCUCCUAGCAUAUCAGGGGAAGUUUCUUCUGGAAGAAUGUAAGACUGAAGGGAAGGAUUGUGAUAAAGCUGCUUUACCAAGUGAAAUGGAGACAGUCCAAAGGAUUUUAAAACAGAAAUACCCUCUUUAUUCGAUACAUUUCCCUAUUGAAAAUACACUCCCAAGUCUAUAAAGGAAUUCCUCCAAUUUAAGGUAUGUUUGCAUCUUCUACACAACAAAUACAGUACCUUCUGGGAUUGUUUUUAAAAGGAGUGACGCUGUUCCUGAAGCUUACGUUCAUGAUGACCAUGUGGAUUCUACAGUGACUUGGCUGCACACCUCACUCUACAAGUGUUCUGACUAAGUAGCUACUCAUAAGACUGUCACUUCAGAUUUGGCCCAAAUUCGGGUUUGCAGAAACAAAUGUUCAAUGGAGAUAAGCAUUUAAGUAAAGAUGUAGAUGUAUUCCAUUAAGAGAGGGAGUUCUUUCUCACUGUGGCUGAAACCAAUUAAAAACAUUAGGUAGACGGUCAUCUUUAUUUCUAGAGUUUAACAAGAAUAUUAAUAAAGUAGGUAAGCUGAUUUUUAGACUUUGUUAGUGUAUACUGACAAAUGUUUUAAAACUUUUAAAGUAAAAUAUGAGACUAGAGAGAGUUUAGAGUGAAUACUGCUUCCAUUUCUGUGUUCCAGGUUACAGCUUGGAAUACAUAGCCCUACUCAUUGGGCUUAAGGGAUAGCUUGCUGUCCCCAUACUGUAGAUAUGGGAUAACAUUAUUUUCUUUUUAUUCUAAUGUCAAAGUGGAUACCAGUGUUGUAACGUCUGAGUAGAACCAAUCUUACGGUUCUAACCAGGAUUUCUUCAUUUUCUCUCAUAGAUUUCACAUGCACUUUAGGUGAAGAGUCAAGGUGACUGUGCUCUUCUGUGUGUAAAUUUUGUACAGUGAAAGGUGCUAGGGAGGUAAUGUAGUUUUCUUAAAACUAUAAAGUGUACAUACAUACUGUCAAGAGAUGACAAAUCUGUCUUUCAAUUUACUGGUAAAUCUUUUAGUUACAAUAGCCAAUCUUGAAAUUUCAUUUGCAUUUCACGGUAAUUCUUACAGUUGUGUAAAACUCACUUGGUUUUAUCAAAAAGGGAUGUAAUCAAGCAUUUAAACAACAGAAACAUAAACUAACAUAUCUAUUAACAACAUAUUUUCCUGCUCCAGCAGGGGGAUUGGACUAGCUGAUCUUUUGAGGUCCCUUCCAAUCCCUGACAUUCUGUGACUCAGUGAUAUACUUAGUGCUCUUCAAAACUUGCAGAUUAGUUUACAAAAUCCAUGCUAGAUUAAAUUUUUAGUUGACACCUUACAAUAGCAUGUGUGCUUUGUGUUCAGUGGCACAAACGUAUGCUCUAUUUCCAACUUACAGUCAUUAAUUGUCAAGUACAUUAAUACUUUAUUUAUUUUUUUUAAAAGUCAAUCUGAAACUACUUACUGAUCUACUGGUUCUAAAUUCCUGGUUAGAACUUGAGUUGUGCUUGCAUCCACGACUAAAUGAAAACAAAUGGAGGGAGACGGUAGUAGUAAUAGUAGUAGUAGACUUUCUGUUCUUACUGUAAAUAAAUAUGAUCUCUAAAGAAUUUAAAUGCAUCUGGCAAAACUAGCCGUUGUGAAGAUUGUGAAACUUUUGUUCCUCAUACACUAAACUUGAAUUAUUAACAGUUAACAUGAAAUUGCACUUUGACCAGUGAAGCAGUCAAAAUGGCUUUCAAAUCAUGUUUGCACAUUUGCUUUGCCAAUUUUCUGUAAGUUUCUUGAUUUUUGUCCUCUAUGCAGGACUACAGUAAGGAGUAUUUCUAAUAUACACUUAGCAAAUAGAAUAUUUCUGCAACAAGUAAAAGAAACAGGAUAAAUGUUGAAAAUAUUUCAAUGUACUUGGAAAAUACCCUAAAAGAGCAGCAAAAUUUGGCAAAUCUUGUGCAUCUAAGGUAACUCUGCUUGCUUAUGGUUUGAAUUCUGAAUUUGAAUGGAAUUUCUGUAUGUGUUUCACUUUGCCUACUCUGGGAGGGUGGAAGCAGAAGAAAUUAACAAAUGGAUAUUUGGAAAGUUCCCUAAUGUCAACAGCUGAGCCAAAGGUUACUGUGUUAGUAAUGCUGAGUACUUAAUGCUCAAAACCAAGUUAAGACUGUAGACUUGUGCAGUCUAAAAUUAAAACUUAUUUUUCUGUCACCCUGUUCCUACAAAGAAUCGCAAUGAUUUAAACCUGACCUGUUUGCAGGAACAUCUUACAGAACCCGUAUGUGAUGCUUCAUCUAUGCUGAAAACUUCCUGCUUCAGAUGAAUUAGUUGAUACCUGGAAAAUUUCAAAACUCUCAAAGUACCUUAAGGCUGUUUGCCCAAAGCCCCUUGAAAUAUUUGUUGUUGUUGUUGUUAUUCUUGUUUUCCUUUGGUGGUAGUCCCUUGUUACUACUUUGUAACUUCCUUUUUGCUACAUGAAAUACUUGUGUUAAUAGCAAACACUGACUGUACAAGGAUACUGCUGAAACUGACAAAGUUACUGAGCAAAAAUCACCUUUACUGCUACUUUAUGCUGGGAGAAAAAAUAUAUAGUUAAAGUACUAAGUGCUGUUUAAAGGACUUAUCAGCAAACACUGGUACUGAACACCCUUUAAAAUUUAUCUUGUCAUGGUUAAUAUAAAUGAAAAGCACUCACCUUUAUUCUUUCCCCAGGCUCAGCUGUGUUUCAUAUACAUAUAGAAAGGAAGAAGAAACAAACUGUCCCAACCCUAACAACUGUUUAUUUUUAAGUGUGAAUUCUGAUCCUUAAAAGAUGAAAGUAAGUAGACUGGAUGAUGUAACAAAAGGCCAGGGCUAAAGUUGAUACUCGAAGACAAUUGCCUUUGAAACAGCUUACAUAAGCUUUUAAAAAUAUAAAACAAAAGUUAUAUUUUGGAAUUCUUUGUUACAGUAGUAAUCUGUUAUACUGUUGUAACUGAUCUCUACAGCAACUCCAAAAGUUUUUGUUUUAGUGCUAUUAAAGAAGACUGAAAAAGUGUACAGACUGUAAACAUUAUAUAAAGUGUAAGAUUUCAGUUUAAUAUUUAUAAUAGAAAAAAAUAUUAAAAUUGUACUUUGCCUCUGAGUUUGUAUCUGAAAGAAAGAAAUCUUAACAUA